AUGAACUACAAGAACUACAGCAGUUACAGGAAGUACAGCAACUACAGGAACUACAAGAACUACAGCAACUACAAGAACUACAGCAACUACAAGAACUACAGGAACUACAGCAACUACAAGAACUACAGCAACUACACGAACUACAGCAACUACAAUAACUACAGCAACUACAAGAACUACAGGAACUACAGCAACUACAGCAACUACAGAAACUACAGCAACUAUAGGAACUACAAGAACUACAGCAACUACAGAAACUACAGCAACUACACUAACUACAGGAACUACAAGAACUACAGCUACUAUAGGAACUACAGAAACUACAAGAACUACAGCAACUACAAGAACUACAGCAACUACAGGAACCACAGCAACUACAGGAACUACAGCAACUACAGGAACUACAGCAACUACAGGAACUACAGCAACUACAGCAACUACAGGAACUACAGCAACUACAGCAACUACAGGAACUACAGCAACUACAGCAACUACAGCAACUACAAGAACUACAGGGACUACAGCAACUACAAGAACUACAGGGACUACAGAAACUACAAGAACUACAGUGACUACAGCAACUACAAGAACUACAGCAACUACAGGAACUACAGAAACUACAGCAACUACUGCAACUACAGGAACAACUACUGGAACUACACAAACUCCAGUAGCUGCAGGAUGACCAAAUCGUCUCCAAAGAGUUGA